AUGAUUAUCUUCGCGCAAACCCGCUGCCAAGCCAUCCACGAAGCCGCAAGAACAGGUGUCGGUAUGCACGAGGCGUUGUUGGGUCAAAGGCGUUAUAUUGAUCACCUUGACGACUGCGGACAAACAGCGCUGCACCUUGCCAUAGCUCGCGGUCAUGUCGACGCCCUGGAUAUGCUGCUGGAGGCCAAGGCAAACACCAAUCUCGAGAACGUCGAGCGGGAAACGCCCCUGAUGCUGGCGACUAGCCUGGGCUUGUCCAACAUGUGCAGCAUGCUUGUCAAGGCUGGCUGUGAUGUAGACAAAGACCCAGAUGGACGAUUGAUGCAACACUUCGACUACAAUUGCGUCCCGCUGCUACGCUAUCUGGUCAACGAAGGCGCGAGGUUCCCAUCGCUGCCUGACGGAACACCCUUCAUACUCAGGCAUCUGGCAUUUCGUGGGAAUUUUCAGGCCUGCAAGUUCUUCGAGACGUGCAAGUCUAUUCCUCGAGUAAAUGUCAUGAAGGGUCUCAAGCCGGACGGUAUCCCCCGGGCCACAUUAUGGGACAGAUUCCUUCUCAGAGUUCAUAGGCCGGAUUUCGACGGUGUAUAUCAGGGGUGUUACUUGGCAUUUUGUAGGAGUUUCCCGAACGUGUUCGUUCGCAUGAGGAACCACGUCCUUGACGAAGACAUCAAGGCCUUGCGCAGCAUGGUCCAGUCUCUGGAGUCGCCUGACCCGCGCAACGCAGGGGAACAGCUAUCGCAUCUGCUACACGAGAAAGAAGCCUGGGGCAGAUUCGACUUGGUCUCGACGUAUCGGGCCAUCAUGGUCCAGCUGCGGGAGAAGAUGUGGCAGGCCGCCAUUGAGUCGCUCGAAGAGCACAUCGAAGUCUUGAUGGAUGAGAUGAUUUCAUCACCUUGGGAGCUCGAAAGUGAGGUCUGGAAGUUGCCUAACUUUCUCCACCUCCUCGAACCCGACGCCGGCAACAUUGAACGCGACACGCACAACGAAGGAAUGCAAGCAGCGGCUGAAGGAAGUACAAACGCGAACUUGGGAGACAGCGUUGAGGGGGCCACGGACAUCGACAGUGAGUGGGACGCUGUCAGUGAGGAUGACGGCGAUGUAGCAGACGGGUACAACAAAGAGAUACGCAGUCAAACACGGAAGCUGCGAAGAUACGCGGCAUUGCAAAGGCGGCUUGCGCUGGAUCAGGCGAAACUGCGGCGCAGAAAUUGGCAUACGGCGCAGGCAGACCCAGAGUCGGACGGCGGCUACAGCUCGUCCGGGGAAAGCGAAGAGCGGGACGAAGAGGCCGAGUCUGUGUCGUAUGAGACAAGUGACGGAGAGGCCAGUGUCGAUGCGAUCUAG